CUAGGCUAGGUAGGCUAGCUUGCACGCCUAAAUCGCUAGGCCUAGCCUAGGCUAGUAGUACUUCAGGCUGGGUAGGCCUAGGCAGGCUAGCCUAGUACUAGGCCUAUGCCUCCAGGCUAGCUAGUUACUACAGACAUUCCAACCCCUAGACCUCAAAAAUCGGGAGACGGGAGAAUUUGCAGGCGAAGGCGUUAAGGUCUUUCAAAAAUCGGGAGACGGGAGAAUUUGCAGACCAUUGUGGUAGAUAAUGGAUUUUGAUUUGACACAAGCCAUUCCACUUUCAGACGUAGAAAGUGAUGUCACAGAUGAUCUUGAUGAGUCUCUAUCAAAGAAACCAAUUGGCUUUAUUAAAACAAUUAAGCAGAAAGGUUAUCCGGAGACAACGUUCCCGAUAUACGAGGGAGUGAACCUUAUUGGAAGAGGUGAUGCAGCUAAUGUGCUUAUUCCACUUAAGGCCUUGUCUAAAGAGCAUGCAUGUAUUGAGGCAGAUGGAGAAAGUAUUUUCAUAUAUGACAAAGGUAGCCGUAAUAAAACUCGAAGAGGAAAGUUGUUCCUGAAACCAAAUGUUCGAUAUGAGCUGAAAGAUAGUGACAAACUCAUUUUCGGUGAUGUGAAGUGCGAAUUCCUGAUUAACCAUGGUCAAGAGCAAGCUAAGGAAGAUGACAUGGGAAUUGAAUCUAAUUCAGGAUCUGAGACCGGAUCAGAGUGUAUGCUUCAAAUCAACGUUGUCCUGCCGAGUGGAAGCUCAUCAGCUGUCAUUGACACUAAAAGUAAAACAGCCAAUAAUAAUGCAUGCAUUGUGUCACCUGACCAGAAGCAACCUAAUAAACGUACAGCUUGUGAGACAUUUGUAGAGGAAUCAUUUCUCGAAGACAAGGAAAAGAAAGAAAUAUUUGCUGAAGAUUCAGGUUCAGAUACAGAUAUUGAAGAUGGACUACAGCAAACAAAACAAACAGACACAAGUAAGUUUGUACCUGAUAGUCAACCUACUCUGAAUAUUAGUACUAUCCAAGAAUCCCCAUUUUUGCCAACUAGUGCAAGUCGUUUUAACUAUACUUUCGGUUCAGAAGCUGACAAGGAUCUUACAAACGUUGACGAGAAUGAGACCCAAAUACAUGAUGGCUCUGUGAAUCAGCAUUCAACACCAGCCAGUAAGGACCAAGAGAAGGAUACCAAAAUUGAGGCUAAUAUCUUUGCCGAUGAGCCUACACAGGCCUGCACCAUGGACGAUAUAUCAACCCUUAAGUAUAAUACAGCCAGUGAUACAGACGAUGAAGAGGUAGAUAAAGCUGCGUUAACUACUGCUCCUACCCAGCCUUACACAGCUGCUGAAGCUGCUACUCAGAGGUAUGGUGAUGGGGAUGAAACAGAUGAAGAUGUGGAUGCUGGAGUAGCUAAUGCGCCUACCCUGGCUUAUACAGUAGCAGAAGCAGCUACACAGAUGUAUGGAGAAAAAUCUGACUCUGAAGAUGGUAAUGAUGCUUCAGAAGCCCUAACUGCAGCUCCUACCCUGGCCUAUGAUAACAUUGAUGAGAACACGAUUAAGGACCAGAGCUGUGAAGAUGCUAAAGAUGGGAAUAGUGAUGGGGAUAAAACAGAUGAUGAAGUUGACUUAGCUGGCCUAGCCACUGCUCCUACCCAGGCUUACACGGUAGCUGAAGCAGCUACACAGCGGUAUAGUGAUGGAGAUGAAACGGAUGAAGAGGUUGACCUAGCUGGCCUAGCUACAGCUCCUACCCAGGCUUACACAGUAGCUGAAGCAGCUACACAGAGGUACAGUGAUGGAGAUGAAACAGAUGAAGAAGUUGACUUAGCUGGCCUAGCUACUGCUCCUACCCAGGCUUACACAGUAGCUGAAGCAGCUACACAAAGGUAUGAUGAUGGGGUGGAAACAGAUGAAGAUGUGGAUGCAGAGAUUGCUGCUGCUCCUACUCAGGCUUACACGGCAGCUGAAGCAGCUACACAAAUUUACGGAGAAGAAUCUGAUUCUGAAGAUGCUGCUUCAGGGGGCCUAGCUGCAGCCCCUACUCUAGCUUAUGAUAACAUUGAUGAGAAAGAGGCUGAAGAGAGCUCUGAAGAUGUGGCUGCUGCCCCCACGUUGGCAUACGAGGCACAGACACAAAAUGCUGAAACCCUUGAUGUACAAGGCAGUGCAGUAGAAUCACAAGUUCAAGGGAAGCUAGAGGAGAAAGGCUCAUGUUCACCUCAGCCCCUUGAUGAUGCCCCAACACAGGUGUUUGGUGUAGAUGAUGAGAAUGCCCCAAUACAGGUGUUUGGUGUAGAUGAUGAGACGGCAGCCACGCAGGCAUUUGGUGAAGAUGAUGAAACUGCAGCCACGCAGGCGUUUGGUGAAGAUGAUGAGACUGCAGCCACUCAGGCAUUUGGUGAAGAUGAUGAAACUGCAGCCACGCAGGCGUUUGGUGAAGAUGACGAAACUGCAGCUACGCAGGCGUUUGGUGAAGAUGAUGAGACUGCAACCACUCAGGCAUUUGGUGAAGAUGAUGAAACUGCAGCCACGCAGGCGUUUGGUGAAGAUGAUGAAACUGCAGCAUCACAUGUGUUUGGUGACGAUGAACAGGGUCCUGGUCCUGCAAGGAAUGUAGUUGACAGUGUUAAAGAACAAAAACCUUCAGCUCAACUUCAACCAGAUGAAUUAAUUGAAACCCAGUCUUAUGGAGUAGAAAAUGAACCAAUGGAUACUGCAGAUAGCAAUACAUUGGAAAUUGAUGUCACUGGUGAUACACAAGUUCCAGAUAGCCAAGAAACAGAUGAGUUGGAAAUUGAAUCACUUCUGCGAAAGGUACCAGGAAAAUCAGUAUUAGUCAGCCCUGAGAAAAAAAGCAAGAACCAAGAAAAGAAAAAAGUUGUAUUUAGUUCUGUUCCCGAAUUUGAACCACAAAAAAAAAGUCAUGAUUUGAAGGAAGGAAAGAAAAAUACAAAAGGAAAGAAACAGAAAGGUAUAAAAGACAAAAAAGAAGGUGAUGAUAAGGAGGUUUUAGAUGCAAGCAGACGGUCUGGAAGGAGUCGGAAGCAGACUACACGUAUGAAAGACUCAGUGGAUCAGAAGAAGAGACGUUCCAUGUCAUCAAAUGCAGAGAUUGCUUUUUCAAUAUCUAAGGAUGAAAAUAAUGUUGGUAUUGGAGAACAACCAAUCAAAGAUGUUUGUGGAGAGAAAUCUCCAAGUCAAUCUGGAGAGAACAAAGUGUUGGCAGUUGAAGAACAGUCAAAUGGUCAAUCAAUGACUGCCCGAAAAAGACGGCAGGUUGAGGAAGGAAUGAAGGAAAAAGAAUCUGAUGUGAUUAACACAACACAGAACACUGUUACACAAACACCAAGAGGAAGAAGCAACAGGACAAAGAAUAUGAAAAGUAGUCUGAAAGAAGACAAGGUCAAUAAAGUGAAUGGUGAAGAGCAGAUGGAAGAAAAACAGACUAGAGGAAGAAGAUCCAAAAUCAAUAUAUUAGAGGAAGAGAAGGAAGAAUGUACAAAACCUGUGGAAGAUGCUUUUGAAAUUGAAAAAACAAUAAAGAACACUGUUCCACAAAUACCACGAGGAAGAAGCAACAAGACAAGGAAUAUGAAAAAUAGUCUGAAAGAAGACAUGGUCUAUAAAACUGGUGGUGAAGAGCAGUUGGAAGAAAAGCAGACUAGAGGAAGAAGAUCCAAAAGGAAUAUAGUGGAGGAAGAAAAGGAAGAAAGUACAGAAACUGUGAAAGAUGCUUUUGAAACUGACAACACAUUACGGAGCACUGUUGCAGAGACACCAAGGGGAAGAAGACACAAGGCAAAUAAUAUGAAAACUAGUGUGACAGAAGACAGGGUUGUUAAAACUGAUAGAGAUGAGCAAAUGGAGGAAAAGCAGACUAGAGGAAGAGGAUCCAAACGAAAAGUAGUGGAGGAAGGGAAACAAGAAAGUACACAAUCUUUAAAAGAUGCUUUUGAAACUGACAACACAUUACAGAGCACUGUUACAGAGACACCAAGGGGAAAAAGCAACAAGACAAAGAAUAUUAGAAACAGUCGUAUGAAGGAAGACAUGGUUGAUACAACUGAUAGAUGUAAGCAGGUGGAAGAAAAGCAGACUAGAGGAAGAGGAUCCAAAAGGAAACUAGUGGAGGAAGAGAAGGAGAAAACAACAGAGCCAAGAAGCAGAGUAUCUAAAAGAGGAAAAGCAGAAAAUUCAGAAGAAAUUGAUUCACAAAAGAUCACUAAGAACAAGUCAUCUACAAUCUGCCAAAGCCCAACACCCAGUAAGAAGGCAAAGAAAGCUCAAGAUGAGGACCUUCCAUGCAGUCCUUCAUUACGUAAAAGAGGUAAUGACUCCAAGCCUAAAAUAAUGUUUACAGGAGUUGUUGAUGAAGGCUGGGUGAAGAUUGUGAAAAGUUUAGGAGGUGAGCUUGUCACCUCAAUUCAUGACUGCACACACCUAAUAACUGAUAAGAUUCGUCGUACGGUAAAGUUCCUUUGUGGUCUUGCUAAAGGUGCUUACUUGAUUGACCCUAAAUGGCUUGAGGAAUCCAAGAAAAGGAAGUCUUUUGUCAAUCCUGACAAUUUCUUGGUAACUGACAGAGCAUCUGAAAAACAACAUGGCUUCUCCUUGAAGAGAUCACAUGAUAUGGCAAUAGAGACGAGGUUGUUUGAAGAUUAUAAAAUUCAUGUAACAGCUUCUGUAAAGCCAGACACCAAUCAGAUGAAAGAUAUAAUUCACUGCGCUGGUGGAGAGUUUUUAUCAAAAAUGCCAAACAAAUAUGAAGAGAAAAUAGUAGUUGUUUCAAGUGAAGAUGAUGAGACAAGAUGCAACAGUGCCCUCAAGGCAGGCAUACCAAUUGUCAGCUCUGAAUUUAUCCUGACUGGGAUACUAAGGCAGGAAAUUCACAUAGAACCAUAUCGUUUAUUUGUAGAGGUUCCAAGUUCAGCAUCCAAAUCGAAGCCCAGUGCAUCAGCAAAGAAAGGAACAACCAGUAAAAGAAGAAGAUGAAGAUUCACAGAUAAAAUAAACUAAUAAGUUGGUGGGUUGAGUAACACUGGCUUACUUUCAGAUGAAGAUUUUGAAAUGAAGUAUGUUAACAUUCUGUUGCGAAUUCUAUCAUAAAGACACAGGAUCAAAUCCCAGUCUAUAAAUUCACUUCGUCACUUGGACAAGGCAUCAGUCUACAUUUGAUUCUCUUCAUCUUGGAGUAUUUAUUGUACAAAUACAAAUUCGUUUGAGGUGAAAGAGUGAAUUUGGAUAAUUAGAAUUAACUCGUGACAUGAAACAAAUGGAGACCAUCAAAAUCAUCUCACACCGAGGGAAUAGAAUUAGGUACUUCACCUAAAUUUUUGUGUGAUUCGUGUCUGUACGAUAACAAAUUUAAGUCUACUUCAGCAUCAGAAACAACAGCUUACCAUAUAUCUACAGUAGCCUUGAGCUAUGAGAUUAAAACUAACUGGCUCUUUCUCAUGUGUGUAAAAUGUGCAUGUGUGGAAGUAUUGAAAAAGACUGCUAUUGAGUACCAAGUGGAAUUGACCAAUGAAAAUACUGAAAAGUUGUUACCUAAUUAAUAUUUAUAGUUCUUAUAUAAUUAUUGGUACCUGAUAGGAUUUGAUUAUCUUCUAACGCCUUUGCCAGGUCUUUGUUGAAUGUCAUGCUUGACCUGAUUAGGGAUGUCUCUCUGAUUUUUCAGAGCUAUUUUUAAACCAUUGGCUGAAGACCUUAAUGCUCAAUUCUGUCCUGUAUGUACUGUAUUAUCAUAUAUAGACAAUAGUUUUGCUCUGUACAUAUAAAUUACUAACACUACACAAAAUAUACUGUACAUACAUGUCUACCAUACUGCCACAAGCCCGUAGGCCUGACUUUUAAAAGGGUUGGGGGGGGGGUUCUAAUUUUUCACGAAAGGGCACUUAGAGUCCACAUCCACAUCUGCCCCACCAUGGUUGGGUUAAAUUUUAAAAUAUAACACCACAGAUGUCCAGAAAUGGCAAAGAAAAUGCCAAAUUUCAAAUAUUUGGAGUUAAUUUCAAAACUUUCAUGCAAAUGGUAAUUUUUAGUAAUGAUAUAAAAGGACAUUUCUGGAAAAUUCGGGUUCUUUUGAACCCCUCAAACCCCCCUGGCUACGGGCUCUGUGCCACAUCACCCUUCCUGGCCGAGUGACAGAAACGAAAGGUGACCAAGGAGGAAAAUAGGAUCAGAAUCCAAUUAAGUGAGUGUUUAUAUCUAUUUCGUUAUUAUUAAGACAAAUAAGUCCACCCUGCGAGUCAGACAAAUAUUUUUCUUUAGUGUUCUACACUUAUGGUUGUUGGGCAUGUUUUUAAAAUGAAAAUAGACAUCUGCACCAUGCUUGACUGAUAACCAACAAUUGUGAUUUAAUGUAGGAUGACGUCAAUUGAAACCAAACAUCCUAGAAGAUACAUGUAAAAUACAUGUAGUUCAUAUAGUCAAACGCUAUAUAACAUGUUUUUGUAGACAUUUUUUAGAGUGUUUUAAGAAGAUGAUGUUUACAUAUCUAAGUCUUGUAUAAGUUACUGAAUUAUUUUGUAAAAUAAAAAGUAAAUGAUAAUACAGAAAUACUGUAGAGUAA